AUGCCUUAUAGGAAUGGACAGACUGUAUCCAAGCGAAAACAUGGCGUCUAUUUCCCAAAGUUUGGAAUUCUUUCCAGUCUGCUUUUUACGCUCUACUGCCUGGAAGUAUCGGGAUCAUCGGGAAACGGUCGACCAUGCAGCCCAUGUCCCUGGAACUGCUCGUGCACGGUGGUGGAACCCCAAAACUCUUGUGUUGUUAACUGUUCGAAUAACGGAUUGGAAUGGGGUCCGGCGGCUGCACAGCUCCCGAGCGACACAAACACACUAGAUCUGUCCAGAAACCACCUCACCUCUGUGGAUGCCAACCUCUUCAGCCAACUGACUACCCUUAAAGAACUGUAUCUCCAAAGUAAUCGUCUCACUGCCCUUCCUCACGGGGUGUUUCACUGUGGCCCGUUAACUGUUCUUGAUCUGAGCUCUAACCCAUUACUGUGUGACUGUGAGUUGUCUCGGUUGGUGAGUUGUCUACAAGACAGAGGAGUGACCAUUCGAAGGGCCAAUUCUAUGCUCUGUGACCGCCCUCCUGAAGUCAAGGACCAACCACUGCUCAAUGCCAGCCUGCACACCUGUGGGUUGAACUACGCCGGCUGUCUGCAGGAUGGCGAGCUUCCAGGCAGCAGAGAGCUGGUUAUCUUUUCCUCCUCCACGGCCGGUAACUUCUCCCGGGGCGAGUGUAACUCUCUCUGUUUCCGCAACCACCAGCGUUACGGAGGCCUGGGAGCCCAGAGGGAGUGUCUGUGCAGCACCAACUCUGAGCCCAACCACAUCAGCGAAUCCCAGUGCUCCAACGCCUGCUCCGACCCCAUCGUGAUGCAGCAGUGCCAUUGGACCGUGGCUCUGGAUGUCUUUCAGGUGGAAUUUUCCGCCUUUCUCGCUCCGCGCCGCGUCUCCGUCCACUCCGAGGCUCUUCUCUCCGUCAACUCGUCCGUGCUUCCCGUCACUCUCUCCUGGGACUUUGGGGAUCUGACGUCUCCAGUCAACACCUCCAGCCCCAAUGCCACCGCACAUCACAAGUACGGACUUCCAGGGAAGUACAAGGCCAGGGUGAAGGUUUAUGCUGCCCAGAAAGAGGUGACCGCCCAGGCAGACGUGAGCGUGACGUUGCCCCCUGUCCUGGAGCUCCAAUGUCCCGAACUGCUGGUGGCCAAUCACAGUCUGGAGGCGGAGCUUAUUAACUGGGGAGGAGUGGGCGUGGCCGUGGACUGGAAAAUUAGUCAAGAGAGGCAGGAGAUAGCCCGAGCCACACCCAUCUGCCCCGCUGACGCCAUCUAUCACCUUGACUCCGCCUCUUGUUUCCAGUUGGUUCCGGGGGAGUUCAGCUGGUCCGAGGCUCGACGUCAGUGCUCCGCCCUGGGGGGUGAUCUGGCCGUGGUCCGGUCCGAAAGCAUCCGGAACCUUCUCGCCCCUCAAGUCACACAGGAGCGCGGUGUAUGGAUAGGCCUGAGUGAUAGUGACACCCCCGGUUCCCUGCACUGGGUGGACGGUUCCGAAUCUCGGGCUGGGGAGGAGGGGGCGCGGGAUCGCGCCACGCUGGUACCGGGGAACGUGUGUGUGUCUCUGGACCACGCCGGCGUGCCCAGCUGUCACCCCUGCAGUGCCAAACGGGCGUUCGUCUGCCAGUUCAAAUCUCAAGUGCGGGUACCUGAUGCUGGGGUCUUCAUGGUGGGGACUGCUGUGUUUCAUGCUGACCGACAACUGGCCAGCCCAACUGUCACUCAUAAUCAAGACCCGCCCACUAAGAGUGUCGAGUUGCUGCUAUUCCCGGCUCUGAGUUUUAUGAGGAGUGGUCGACUCUCUUCUCUGGAGUUUGUCACACACACUCUGAACGCACACACACAGGUGCGCUUCCAGGUGUAUCGGCCACGCUGCCAGAGACCAGACCUACACUUAGUGCUGCCCGGCUGUACCAACCUCUGCGCUCCCGUCGCUCUGUGCGCCGUCCUCGACGAGCGGACCAACGGUACGGCACAAUCUUCACCCUCGUGCCCGUCUUGGCAGCAGUGGUGCCCAUUUCAGGAGCGAUGCCAACCCAUUGGCAGCCCGUGUCAUCCUGGGCUGUGCACCAACUGUUCUGGAGCUGACCCACUACCUUCGGGCACCCUGAGCCCAUCCUACAGUCUGGUCGAUGAGGUUCUUCUCGCUCUCCCAGCUGGACCCUCCAUGCACGCACUGGUUCAAGAGGGUGUUCAGGACAUUCUGGUCUUUCCUGGCGACAUCAUUGCUCUUCAGCACGACGCAGGGCCCUCUGGCCUCCUGCACUGUACCCCUGACCCCUCGUCGCCAUGGCGCCAAAGCAUGCUGGUCCAGAAUCACUCGGAUUGGGUUGAAUCCAACCGGACCCUGGAGGAAGACGGGUUUGGAAGCUGGGUGGAUGAUGAGGUUUGCCUAAUUAGGGUGCUGCAGGUUGAGCAGAACAAUACGACUCUCCGCGGCCCGUUUCUUAGCAAGGGGUUGCCACAGCCAGGGGAUUAUAGCCUAGAGGUGACCUCCGACGACCCCGAUUUCCCCGUGGCGGCUUCCUGUCCAAUCCACGUGGUCCCGCCUUUGGGCCUCGUCGUGAUCCAUCCGUCCAAUAAGAAUGGAACGGUGUAUUUUUUGCCCAAUCACACCUCGGUUCUGGUCAAGGUACGCUCCCAGCAUAGUGCUGUGUUUGGCUGGAAGGGCAGCAAUGAGACAGUGCCCUUUCAGCAAACUUGUCCCCAGGACCUGGUGUCCAAAGUCGCGGAGUGCAGGCAACACCCUAAGGAUGGUGAAACUCUGUUUGCCUGGGUGGAUCUUGAGUUGGGUGCAAAACCGGGCCAGACCCAGGUGGAGUUGGUGGCCCAAAGCAAGGUGACCAGAGCCAGCCUGAAGAUCCAAGCCAAGAUAGAAGAACCACUCAGGGGCCUGAAUGUCCAACCACACCCAAACCACCGAGUGCUGAUGGAGUCGGUUGUGAGUUACAAAGCCAUGGUAGAGGGAGGAACCGAUCCUUCGUUCAGGUGGACCGUGGACGACAAACCGUACUUCACCUACUAUAACACAGUGCUCAACGUCAUCUACCAGAAUGCUGCAGUGUACAAGCUAACAGUCACGGCGAUGAACCACGUGAGCACUCUGACGGAGCACUUCAACGUGACCGUGGACCGCAUGAACCCUAUGUCUGACAUCACGGUCAAAGGCGUUCCCGAAAUCGUUACCCAGGGGAUGUCUCAGAUACUGUCUGCUUUCCUGACGGUGGAUGUGUCUGUGGACGCAACUUUCCGGUGGUCUUUUGGAGAUGGAGGUUACCUGGUUCACAACUUCACACCUCCCUUUGAUGGAUCACGCAUAGACCCUGACUUCAGUGUCAAACAGGUGGUCCUGCAACACAACGUCACCUAUACAUACACACAACCAGGGGAAUACACUCUCAUUGUCUCUGUGUCCAACCGUUACGAGAACAAAACCUGCAAAGUUGACGUGUACGUCUUCAGUAUUCUGACAAAGGUUGAGAUUGAGACCGACCCUGAGUUUGUUCAUGCCGGAAAGUGUGCAGAAUUCGAAGCCCACCCUUGGCCUUCACCUUACGGUAUCAUCUACACGUGGGAUUUUGGUGACAACUCCAGCUUGCAAACGGGACGGGAACGCAGAGUCCACCACAUAUAUACUCAAAGUGGCAUUUAUAACAUAUGUGUGACUGUAAACAACACCAUCAGCUGGAAGGAGGCUUGCACUGAGAAGACAGUUUUUGAGGACAUAGAAGGUCUCACGGUUGAUUCGUCAGCCCCUACGGAGCUUCACACUCCCACGGUUGUGACUGCCCACCUGGAGGCAGGUAACAUUGUCACCUGGACUUUUGACAUGGGUGAUGGGACCGUUUUGACAGGUUCAAAUUCUCAAGUGGAGCAUGAGUACGUGAAAGAUGGCAACUACACCGUUAACGUCACAGCGACGAACGAGAUCAGUUCACAAUGGAUGACCAUACCUGUGAAGGUGUUUGUGCUGCAGGUGUCCGGGCUGGAACCUUCUGGAUGCGUUCCGGAAAACAGUGAGGUCAACUUCCGGGCCUAUGUGUCGGGAAAUGCCUCCUCACACCGGUAUGAGUGGAGUUUUGGAGAUGGUACACCUAAUGAGACCCUAUAUGGGACGCCAGAAAUCACACACUCCUACUACGUGAGCGGUGACUAUCACCUGUCCCUCCUCAUGUCCAGUGGAGCAAACAAGGCCAACUUCUUUGCUUGGAUCUGUGUCCAGCCUGCCGUAACCAACGUCUCUUUAGUUCCCAUGAGCACCUACAUCAGGCUAGGGGAGGAGAGCAAGUUCACAGUUCUUGUCCUCCCAAAAUUUGACUACACCUACCUCUGGGAUUUCGGGACAAAUGACGCGGAGAAACCUAUCCAAGGUGGCAGCGAGAUGACUUAUACUUACAGGACCCCCGGGCGGUACCAGGUGACUGUAACUGUUCUCAACAACAUCUCUUGUAGCAACAACACAGUCUCAAUUGAAGUACAGCAGCCCGUGGGCUCUAUGCUGAUCCAGCACAACGGAACCAGUGGCAACAACCUAGCCUUGCUGCAGGACUACACGUUUACCGCCCAUUCAGAUUCCUCUGAUGUGGUUUAUAACUGGGACUUUGGAGAUGGCCUGCUCAAACUGGGGCGAAUCGUCACAUACGCCUUUAAUUCCUCUGGCAACUUCAACAUCGUCCUGACAGGUAGGAACGAGGUGAGUGAAAACAAAAGCCAACUCACCGUGUUGGUCCUGGCACCUAUACAAGGUUUAUCCGUCAACGCCAGUCUAGUGAACGUCCCACUGAAUGCGUCCGUUCACUUCGAAGCACACCUGGACCAAGGUGACGAAGUCAGGUACUCCUGGAUCCUUUGCGACCGCUGCACGUCCAUCCUGGGCAUCCAUACCAUGUUCUAUACUUUCCGUUCGGUCGGAACUUUCAACGUAAUUGUGACUGCAGAGAAUGAGAUAAGCACUGCCCAGGCAAGCAUCUUCAUUUUCGUACAACGUGAGCUUGAGGGCUUGCAGAUUGUUGCUGAGGACCUUGGAGAUGGAUGCUGCUUCGCCACCAAUCGAGUGCUUCAUCUCCAAGCCUCCCUGAAAGAAGGCACCAACAUGUCCUUCAACUGGAGUUUACUGAGGGAACAUGAGCCAGCGCCCCUCAACCUCAGUGGAAAGACCGUAGACCUGAACUUCUCCACUCCUGGCCCCUGCGAGAUCAUCCUAAAGGCCGCUAAUCUACUUGGCCAAUUGAUUGUGAACAGGACCGUUGAGUUUCUUGAUCCUGUUGGGGAACUGAUCCUCAAAAUCUCACCCAACCCUGUGGCAGUCAAUGACAUCAUUAACGCGACGGUUGUUACGAGAAUUGGCACCGACCUGCAGUAUAAGUGGUGGGUAGAAGGUACCUAUAUGCAACUUAAUGUCCCCUCGGUCCGCUAUCAGUUUUUUAGUCCAGGCUUGAAGGAGCUGAGAGUGAGUGUUUCUAACAGAGUGAGCUCAGAGACUGUGUUAAAAUGGGUCCAUGUUCAGGAACCAAUCUCUGGAGUGGCUUUCACUACCACCAGUGUAACCGAGCAGAAUUUCGUUGCCUCUGGAGUCAACAUAUCCCUGCACGGGGAGGUGCAAACAGGGUCAGAUAUCACAUGGACGUGGUUAUUGCCAAGUGGCAGAGAAUCAGGUCAGCACAUCACUGCCUACUCGUUUCCGUCAGCUGGUACCUUUACCAUCACAUUAAAUGCCACAAAUGACAUCGGCGGACAGGCUGUAUCCCGCGACUUCACAGCGCAGGACAGGAUUCAGGGACUUGACAUGAAGGUCAGUAAACGGAUUGUAGCCGUGGGUGAAAACGUGGAAUUCAACGUCUCCGUCUCAUCCGGCACUUCCGUCAAAUUCACCCUCACCAUAAGUGGGGACGCCACGGUCGAAUUACGAAAUCAGACGUACAUCCACCAGUUCACCAGGGUGGACAACUACAUUGUCAAUCUGACAGCCUACAACGAAAUCAGUUAUGAUCGGAGGAACCUUCAUGUGGAGGUGAUGGAACCGGUUAGCAGGUUGUCCAUCAUAGACUGCUGUGAGCCUGCAAUUCCAGUAGGAGUGAAGAAGUCCUUUGUAGCUGACAUCCAAACUGGGAAUCCUGUGACGUUCCUGUGGACCUUUGACCUCCAUCAUGGGGUUAAGACUCAUCUGAUUGGUAAGGAAGUGACCUACACACCUGAAGAACUGGGCAUUCUCACCAUCUUCCUGCGGGCUUUCAAUUCUCUCCAUAGUCAGAACGUGACCAAAGUCAUCCAGGUUCAGAACAUUUUAUCCGCUGCCACUUUGGAAGCGCAGCCACGAGACACCUUCAUCAACAAGAGCAUCAACUUCCAUGUUAGUGUAACUCCCCAUCAGACAUCUGCUAGCUACCAGUGGGACUUCAGUGAUGGAACCCGUGGUGUGCACUCUAACAUGUCAACUAUCAGUCACACCUUCUCUCUGCCUGGUCACUACUUGGUCCAGGUUAAUGUCAGUAACCUAGUAAGCUGGGUAAUUGCAAAGUUUGAGGUGAACAUCCGUGUCCUUGAAUGCGAUGAGCCGGACGUCAGGGUGAUCCAGGCUCCCAGGCUAGCCAUCUGGCGCUACCAGCCCGCUUUGGUCGAGGCGAACGUAGACCUGAAAGGGUGUGGCCGCUACAAAGAAAAAUACCUCUGGGAGAUUCUGACCAGCUCCCGCUGUCAGGACAGUGAGCACAAUCAGGGGACGGCUUCCAAGGUUACCCUGAGGGCAGACGUCGAUGUUCACAAACUUCAGCUGUCUGUGCCAAAGAUGGCUCUUCCUGCUGGAAACUACAGCUUGGUCUUCUCCCUGUCCUACGAGGGUAUCCCGCUUCGGAAAGCAGCCUGCCUCCAGCUCUCAGUGAUGUCUGGGAAACUAGUGCCCAUCAUCGAAGGCGGCACCUACCGAGUCUGGUCCAAGACCCAGGAUUUGCACCUGAGUGCGGAGCAGUCCUAUGACCCCAACCUAGACAGCCAGUCUCUCCUCAACUAUCACUGGGAGUGUGUGAGCACAUCCAAGGGACCCUCUCACUGUACCAGUUUGAACUUCGGGCUGGACCCGAGUGGCCCAGUUCUGGGAAUCUCUGGCUCGGAGCUGGAGGCUGAUGUUGAGUACACAUUCCGUCUGACUGUCAGUAAAGAAGGCAUGCCUUCAGAGUCUACCACGCAGACGGUACUGGUGCAGAGUGGGCGUAUUCCCAUGGUCUCACUGGAGUGUGUGUCUUGUAAGGCCCAGUCCAGGUAUGAAGUGAGCCAGAACUCCUACGUCUAUCUUGCCGGAACCUGCAGCAACUGUGGCACCUCACACAGAGGACGUUGGACGGCGGUGACUCGGCGAAACGAGACGUUGGUGUUGGACCUGAACACCACGACCACGGGCAGAGACAGCAUGAGGCUGGUCCUCAGACAGGGCAUCCUCAGAGACGGCGACUCCUACGUCUUCAGCCUGCACGUCGCCGACGACGACAUGGACAGAGAGGGCGUGGCCUACAUCGAGCUCCACCCCAACAUGCCGCCGGGGGGCGGGGCUUGCGUGCUCUGGCCAGACAGGGCGGAGCUACAGGUGCACACGCUCCUGGAGAAAGUGCACUUCAAAUGCUCAGGCUACGCUGACCAGGAUGAUGGGGAGUCUCCUCUGAUGUACAGUCUGUUAGUCAUGCGAUGUGCAGACUCGUACUGUGAGGAGUUCUGCGUGUAUAAAGGCACCAGUCCGGAACAUUCCGCCUUCCUGCCCCCGGGCUUCCACUCGGCAGGAUACAGAGUGGCCGUGUACAUUACCGUGGAGGACCACCAGGGGGCCCUCAUCACUGCACUCAACAAGUCGAUGGAGGUGUUGUUGCCUGAGAAACCUAAAGGUUUCGCUAGUCUUCCUCACUGGCUGUGUGAGCUAACAAACAGCAACCUGACAGAGCUCCUCAAACAGGGCAACUCCCAGCGUGUUCGAGAACUCUCCCUCGCUCUCAUCACUGUGCUCAACGAGUAUGAGCAGACCAGGCGGCGGGAAGCUGUGAGUGGAGUGGAGCGUCAGUACAGACUCAGUGUCAGAGGAAACAUCACCAGAGCCCUAACUGCCCUGGAUCUCAACACUGUCAGUGACAUCCAGCAGACGUCUGCAGCUCUCGCCCAGUGCACGGCGGUCAGCAGGGAGUUUGUGUGUGAGGAAUGCCAGAACAGUACUCUGAACAAACUGGAGUCCAUGUUGGAGAUUCUACAGACAGACACCAAACAGGGCACUGUCACUCCCACUGAGAUCGCAGACAAUAUCCUCAACAUUAUGGGUGACCUCAUCCACCAAGUCAACCAGGCCGCGGCCGCUCCGCCUGAGGCCGCCGAGGACCGCGGCGGAGCCCUGCAGUCGGAGGAGCACCACCCUCUGCGUGUGGCGGCGAAAGCCUACACCCUCUCGUCCGAGCUCAUGCGUAUCCUCAUGCACUCCCGCGUGUUGAACGAAGAGCCCCUGAUCCUGCGCGGCGCGGAAAUCGCCGCGGCGGGAAAACGGGCGGACCCCCAGAGCCUCCUGUGCUACGGCGAAUCCGACGCUCCGGAAUGCCGGCGUUUCUCCAUCCCCCGCGCGUUCAACGCCAGCCUGGGCAGGGCGGCACCCCCUACGGGCACGGGGGUGGUACAGCUCCUCUUUCAGGUGGAGCCCAACCCUUUCCCGUUCAACUACGUCCCCAACUACACCGUCUCCACCGAGGUGGCGUCCAUGGAGUUCCGCACCGAGAACGGCACGCAGAUUCCCAUCUCCAACUUGGACGAGAGCCAGGCCAUCACUGUGGCGAUUAACAACGCGAGCGUGGCGGGGCCAGACGGGAAUGGAGCGGCGGCGGACGGGCUCCGUCCCGCGGGCGCCGUCAACGUCAGCAGGUGCAGUUCCGUCAUCGUGAGGGUCAGCGCCGGAAACACAAACCGACAGGCCGGGCUCUACGUUCAGCUCAACUUCACCGUGCUGGAUGAAGCCUCAGAGCCGAAGGGGGCGGAGCCUUUCAUCACGGCCUAUCUACACAGCGGCGAAUGGCCAAACGAAUUCAACAGCUCCGACCACAAACGCAUCACGCUCAGCAUGACCCGGGGUCACGACCUUGACCACAGGCUCUACACCUUCUUCCUGUCGCCGCUGUCACAUGACACGACCCUGGACUACUUUGUGAAUGUGUCGUUGGGUUGCGGCGAGGAGACCCCGGGCGCGAUUCGUCUGGAGGUGGGCGUGUUUGCCUCGCUGUGCCAGUACUUCAGCGAGAGCGCCAAGCUCUGGCGUACGGACGGCAUGGUGCCGCUCGCCGAGACCAACGCCAGCCGAGCCGUCUGCAGCACGCGUCACCUCACCGCCUUCGCCGCCAGCCUCUUCGUCCCUCCCGACGCCGUAGUCUUCAUCAUCCCCGAGGUCUCGGGGGGGCCCAGUCUGGUGGUGGUGCUGACAUGCGUGAUGGCGCUGCUCUGCUACGCCGUGGCGGGCGCGGUCCUGCGGAAGCUCGACCAGUUGGACCUGAGGCGUGCUGCUGUGGUUCCGCUCUGCGGGAAAGACGGACUCUUCAAAUACGAACUCCAGCUCAAGACCGGAUGGAGUCCGGGAGCAGGCACCACUGCCCAUGUUGGCAUCAGCCUGCACGGCAGAGAGAGCCGCAGCGGGCACCGCCACCUGGACAGCGUUGGCGCCUUUGCCCGCAACAGUUUGGACAUCUUCCACAUCGCAACCGAUACCAGCCUCGGAAACAUCCUGAGGAUCCGCGUGUGGCACGAUAACAAAGGCCUCAGUCCUGCAUGGCUGCUUCAGUAUGUUCUGGUGAAAGACCUGCAGACAGGAAGCAGUUAUUUCUUCCUGGUGGAGGAGUGGCUCUCUGUCGAUAACGAGAAGACUGACGGACGGGUGGAGAUCGAGGUGGAGGCUUCAGAAGAGGCGGAGCUACGCCGAUGGCCCCGCCUGCUGUCCUGGGAGCUGCAGCGAGCGCUGUGCGAUAGUCACCUGUGGCUGUCACUGUGGGAACGCCCACCGCGCAGUCCCUUCAGUCGCCUGCAGAGGGCGACGUGCUGCUCCCUGCUGCUACACCUGGCUAUGCUGGCUAACGCCGUGUGGUAUGGCACCGUUGCCCAUAGCAGCAGCUCUACAGCAGUGUCCAGACUGGUCUCUGUGAAUGCAGAGACACUGGGAGCGGGUUUGGUCAGCUGUCUGCUGGUGUAUCCCCUUUAUCUACUAGUAUUUUGUCUCUUCAGACUCAGUCGCAGUAAGGUAUCAGUAGAACAGCUGCCUCCUCAGGUGGAUCAGGAGUCUUUAGAGAUCGAUGACUUUUUGGAUAACUCCAUGUCAGGGAGUUCCUUCCUUUUCCACGGAAUUCCAGGAGAGACGUUUUCAGAAGAGACUAAUGAGACCAUUCCUUCCACUAAGAGGUGGAGCGUGCCCGAAAGCGAUUGGCCGGACGCGCUGACGGAGCCGUCCGUCGCGGAGGGGGCAGGACUUCCUCCGAGGCUGAAGCGAGGGCAGGGCAGCAGGCACUUGGGCGUGGACAUGACCUUCGCUCCGGAGGAGGAGGACCUGUCGGCAGGGCUCGCCCACAGAAACAAGUAUUUCACCUCCUCAGACGAAGACCUAAUCAAACGCAUUCUGGCUGACGGACAGCUCCAGGUGUCCCGCCUCUGUGACCCUCAGCAGUUCUUCUCUCAGGCUGACAGCGACAUGGGUGAUCUUUCCAGUAUAUUUGGAGAUAAGACCGAGGUGAUUGUGCUUCAGAAGCUGAGUGAACCUGUACCUCCAGCGGCCGUGAGGAGAGAUCCUCCGAAAACAGCCUUCACCUCUAGAGCAGUGGUGACAGAUGUUUGUAAAGCAAGGCCUCUUCCUCCAUGGUGUGGAUCAGCUGCUCUGUGGGGGAGCUGGGUGGGGCUUAUUCUGGCCAGCGCCCUGUCAAUGUGGGUGGGGCGGAGCUUCAGCGAGGGCGUGGCUCUAAUGUGGCUCAUCUCCUCUAUUGUCAGUGUGCUGUCUUCUUUCUUUAUACUGGAACCUCUGAAGGUGUUGUGUGAGGGUGUGUACGUGGCGUUGGUGGUGCGGAGGUUGCGGCCAGAGGAGCAGGACGUGUUGGUGGAGUGUCCGCGCGUGGAGAGGGUUUUACAGAGGAUUCCACGGGUCAGACCUCCACAGGGCUUCGCACUGUCCCAGGCCCGAGAGGAGGCGCGCAAAGUCAGGGUUCUGCACAACAUGUUAAAGGGCUUUCUGCUCUACAUGCUGUUCCUGUUGGUGGUCCUCUUGCUAAAUUACGCUGACUCAGCCAAAGACGCUCACCGCCUGAGACUUCACACUCAGCUACAGAACAGACUGCAAACACCAGACUUCACAAACAUCAGCAGUCAUGAGGAUGUGUGGGCAUGGCUCUCCGGUUCCCUGUUGCCACGGUUACUGGACAGCCGAGGCCUCAUGGCAGAGACGGGCACCCUCCUGCUGGGGAAGCCCCGCCUUCGACAGAUCAGAGCACAGCCAGCAUGUACCACUAGUGGCUGGUACCCACAUGCCCCGUGGUUCGGGUGUGGUCCAGUGGGCUGGGAAAAGGCUGGUUCUUCCCUGGCCCAAAACUGGUCCAGUUCUUCAGUCCAAGGCAGCGGUACGUGGCACUGGGGGCAGGUGUCUGUUUACGGCACUGAGGGUUUCGUCCAGGAGUUGAAUCGAUCCAUAGAAAAUUCCAGAGCACUUAUCCAGCACCUUCACACAUUCAGCUGGCUUGACCAACUGACCAAAGCUCUGUUUGUGGAGUUCUCUCUUUACAACACAAACACAGACCUGCUGGCAGUGUUUAGCUUUCUACUGGAGUUCCCCGUUUCUGAGCGUGCUCAGUCCAGCUUCCACCUUAAGACCUGCAGCCUCCAUCGCCUCAGCCAAGGCUUGGACCUUUCCCUGUUUCUAACGGUACUCCUCCUCGCUUUCAUUCUGUACUUCUCCAUCCGAGAGGGGGCACUGGCCUUGAAGGAAGGGCGCGGUUACUUCCUGCGUCCGUGGAACAUCGCCGGCGUGUGUAGCUUGGCGCUGUCGGCGUGCGUGUGCGGGCUGCACCUGAGCCGCUCCGCCCUGGCCGACCGGCUGUGGACCUCGUUUCUACGGCGACGCGACGGCUUUACCGACUUCUACCCGCUGGCCAGUCAGAACGAGGUUCUGUCCCAGCUCAACGCUCUACUCCUCUUUCUCCUGGUCCUGAAGGCGUCCCAUCAGCUGCGGUUCCUGAGGGAAUGGGCAGUGUUUGGGAGAGCCCUCAAACGCUCUGCAGGAGAACUGCUGACCACUGCCGCCUUACUGCUGCUGUUACUGCUCACCUUCUCCCAUACAGGAUACCUGCUCUUCCAUUCAUACCUGGACGGCUACGAUAGCGUCGGCGCCACUUGCCUGUCGCUGCUGGGCGCCGGGGGGCGCGGCCUGUUGUCAUGGCACCCCAGCAGGGCCUCCUCGUGCUCCGCCCCCUGCCUGUUGUUCCACGGCGCGUUCGCGGUGCUGCGUCUCGUCCUCUUGUGGCUGGUGACCUCGGCGUUGCUGAGGAACUAUCGCCGGGCCAGGGCGGAGCUGUAUCGGCCCGCCGUCGACCUGCAGGACUACGAGAUGGUGGAGCUGUUCCUCCGACGACUAAAGAUGUGGAUGGGCCUCAGUCGAGCUAAGGAGUUCCGUCACAAGGUGCGCUUCGAGGGUAUGGAGCUGCCUCCGUCACGCUCUUCCUCCACCAGCGACUGCAAAUCCCUCUGCCUGCCCCCUCUGGACACCCCGGAAGCGCCCCCCACCCCCGACAGCGUCGACGGAGGCUCCGAAUCCUCGUGGAGGCUCACCUCCAGCAGCCCCUGUAGCCUGGUGGAGGCCCCAGGCAUGGGCCUAGGCCUGACGUUAGGCCUGGGAGUAGCGGUGGGCAGUCAAGCCUGGCGCGAGAGGGCUGAGCUGGAGGCGACUCUCAGGAGACUCCUGCCCGCCUUCGACGGCCUGUUGCUACAGCUGGACCGGGUCACGCAAGCGACGGAAGAGCUUUACCGGACGGAGUGCCGUCUAGAGAAGGUGCAGAGGAGGGCCCGAAAAUGGAGGCGCGGGGAACGGAGAAACAACCGAAGCACGGACCCUGCUGGACGGAGGCGGCACUGCAGGGAGCACAAGUACAGGCAGCAGAGCGCGGAGUUUUCGGAUAAGCGCAAGAGUUCUCCAAAAAGAGAAGAAAGCGCCCACGUGGUGGAAACGGGUCCCCACAAGGCAGAGAAGAGAACGGAACAGAAAACGGAUAGGGCCACACACAGGACAGGCACAAGUCCCCACAAGGGAGUCCCGUCAGAGAGGGUUCCGAACAAGGCUGGUCCAAGUCCUCACAAGGCUGAUGAAAUUCCAAGCGUGGAAGCGGGUCCCCAGAAGACGGAGGAGAGUCGGAAAGAGAGGGAUCCAAGCCCUCAUAAAACAGGUGCAGGUCGCGUGAAGACGAGCAAAAGUGCCGGUAAAACCGACGAGUUCACAGAGGAGGGGUACAAGAAAGGUCCUCAAAAGACGGACGCGGAACGCCGCAAAGCUGACGGGGGUCCUCGCAAAACCGACGGGGGCUCUCCACCCGACAGCGUCGAAACCGUUAGCGGUUCCGCCAAAUCUGUUUCUACCGCCUCGAUCCUAAUUCCCACCCCUACGCCCGCCCCUUCCACCGCCCCGGCCUCAGCCUCCGUCACCCCCACCCCAAUUCCUCACGCCCAUGAGUGGGUGAACCUGGGUGACAGAGACAACAUCCCCUCCAGUCUGUUUCGACAUCCGGCUCAUACCACUACCAUUCCCACGCGCAAACGGAAACACAAGCCUCCGCCCCUCAAGAACAAGGUCCAUCCCAACACUGACAGGCACAUCUCAGGACACCCCAAACCCUAAGAGAAAAUCCCCAUGGCAUCCAGGACAUA